GUCUUUAGAGCCGCACGCGCACGUUCACGAGCAUGUUGCCGAUUUCGCCGCUCGCAUGCACCAUACGAUCGCGCGUACGCAAGUGUGAAUAAAAACAGUGACUUGAGUUUCGGCUCUCGGGGGGCCGCCAUGAUCAUCUCCAAGGACUUGUUUCUGUUGGGAGAUCAAGAUUAUCUACGGCUUCCCAAUAAGGACGAGAAAAGGUCCGCGAUGGGACGACCGCAGCCGCCCGUCCCCACGCACAGAGUAGACUCAACUGCCGUUCACUUUCCCUGCCUCCUCGGGGAACAGAGGCCGCUUCCUAUCCAUUUGGCCUUCCGCGGCCUGUCCGUUUCCGUCGGCGGUAGGCAAAUACUCCAAGAUGUCGACGGCUUGGUCAGGCCCGGUCAAAUUUUGGCCGUCAUGGGACCGAGUGGUUGCGGGAAGACAACCCUAUUAAAUUGCCUAAGUGGUAGACUGAAACUUGACUCCGGUCAGAUUUUCUUCAACAAAGACCUCCUUUGCAAACGAUGGAAGAGGAAGAUUUGUUACGUGUUGCAACAAGACAUUUUCUUUCCGGAUUUAACUUUAAGACAAACCUUAGAAUAUACCGCAAGACUGAGAUUACCCGAUGUGAUGCCCCAUUCGCAGAAAAUGCAAUACGUCGACCAUAUCAUAGAUGUUUUAGAAUUAAACAACUGCCAAGAUACCAUCAUAGGUGAUUACAUCAAACGAGGCCUUAGUGGAGGGGAGAAAAAGAGAGCCAACAUCGCCUGCGAACUCCUAACGAAUCCGUCGCUCAUGUUGUUGGACGAACCAACGUCCGGUCUUGACUCGCAUUCGGCCCACAGUUUAAUAUCGACGCUUAAACGGUACGCGGUACUGGAAGGAAAAACUGUGGUGGUCACCCUGCACCAACCGUCGUCGCAGAUAUUCCAUCUCUGCGACAAGCUGCUGCUGCUUUGCAACGGCCGAACCGCGUACUUCGGCGACACGUGCAAAGUGGUGGACUUCUUCAGCAGCGUUGGCCUCAACAUCAUGCCUCAUUAUAACCCUGCGGAUUUUAUACUGGAACAAGUCAAAGCUUCAUCGGAAAUUCGACAAAAACUCAUAGCCGCCGCGGAACAAACGAGGAAAGACAAGGACUAUCCGAUCGAGCUCAGGUGUCACGAAAUGCACUACAUCACGGACAAGUUUGAUCACAAAAUCUUGCAAGCAACGCAAGGACCCUACCCAAAUUUAGAACAUGAACAAAUGGAACCCGAUGUCCGAAGAUUAUGGCUGGACACCCAUUCGCACGCUUCGUCCUCUGCCAGUUCGGAUACCAGCGAAGACUGUUACUUUAACUGGCCCACGAGUUUUUGGACCCAGUUCAAAGUGUUGUCGCAAAGGAACUUUCAGGAAGCCAGGCCCAGGAUGUUAUCGAAACUGAACUGGGUACAAACGAUCGGCCUAGGUAUACUGGCCGGUCUCCUCUGGUUUCAGUUGGAACGAAGGGAAGAAGCUCUGCACGACAUUCAAGGCUGGAUGUUUUUCUCUACCACGUAUUGGAUGCUGUUCGCGCUAUUCGGGGCACUCAGUUCAUUUCCGCCCGAACGCGAAGUGAUAAACAAGGAAAGGCAAUCGGGCGCCUAUCGAUUGUCUGCCUAUUAUUUAGCGAAAAUGGUGGGGGAGUUACCACUGACCGUCACCCUCCCUGCUAUCUACCACUUGAUAUCUUAUCCCAUGCUGGGUUUCCAUUCACCUUUAGUGUUCCUUAAGCUGUUGGGUUUCCUGUUGUUGAAUACCAUUGUGGCGCAGAGCGUCGGGUUCUUCAUCGGCGCCUGUUGCAUGGACAUGCAGGUCAGCAUUACGAUUAGCGCCCUGUAUACGCUCUCGACGCAACUUUUCGGCGGAUACUUGGCCACCAACAUACCCACGUGGCUAACGUGGAUGCGUUACACUUCCAUGGUACAUUUCGCCUACCAGAAUAUGCAGAUCGUUGAGUUUAGCGAUGGAUUGCCCAUUUUAUGUGCCCAACAGUCAAAGUUCGCUAUCUGUCACGAAUCGGGUCACAUCCCGGUGUCCGCCAUUUUGGAGGCGCAGGGAACAUACUUGCCGCUAUGGGCGAACACCGUGGUAUUAUUAGGUUUCUUCUUCGUAUUCAGAUUACUUGGCUACAUGGUGUUGCGCUACUUUAACAUACCCAAGUGA